AUGUCCAAGCUCUUUGUCGGCGGUCUUGCCUGGCACACAGACGACCAGACUCUUCGUACAAAGUUCGAGGAGUUCGGUCAGGUCGAGGAAGCGGUCGUUGUCAAAGACCGAGAUACGGGUCGUUCGCGGGGCUUUGGCUUCGUUCGAUUCACAAACGAGGCCGAUGCUACCACUGCGAUGAACGCCAUGAACAACACCGAGUUCGACGGACGAUAUAUCCGCGUGGAUAAGGCCUCCAGUAAGGUGGGCCAGGGUGGAGGAUCCUCCUCUGGUUCCUACGGCGGUGGUGGCGCUGGUGGGCAAUGGGGUCAGUCAACACUUUCCUGGGGUUAUAGUCCCACGACAGAUCACAGACUUACGUAUAUGUGGGCUCCAGGUGGCUAUCCACCACAAGGACAAGGUUACGGCGGGUACUCAAACGCUGGAUACGGCGGCCAGGGCACUGGAUACUGA